UGUUAGGAGAAGCACAGCUGUUCUGGGCAAUGUCCCUGUGCUCCUGUGCUUUCCUUAACAAAGAAAGUAAGGAAUGAGGGGUGGGGGUGGGGGUGUCACCUUCUGAACAGAGUUGUGAGAUUGAAAAGACCCCUGUAAUGAGGUAAAGGAAAGCACAGAAGGUCGAGGAGGGAGUUUUUCUUGGUACACUAACUGGGAAAAGUCACAUUCACUGUUAUUUCUAUCCGAACUGAAAAAGUUGAGGAAAGGAGUAGAAAUGGCCACGUAAAGAUGAUGCUCACUCCCAAUUCCGUCAUCUGUGAAAGUAAUGAAAACUGGAAAACUUAGCCAGAAAUGACAUUUUCUUAAUUCAAGAAAUUAACCACACUUCAUAGCAACCUGGAGAAUAUGCAUUUGACUACAUCUUAGCAAGUAUAGUUUCUCUGUGGUUCCAAAACUUCCUUGUCAACACUUCUUCUUAAACCCUGAAACAGUCUUACAACUGUAACAGCAGUCAGCAAUCCUAGAGAAAGCCAACAGGCUUGCCAUUCCUGGAGGCAGAGCAGGAGUCACUAAGAUUUCUGAGCCUUAAUCCAGUGAACUGUCACAUUUUCACCAUAAUUCCUUGGAAUUUUCCUCAGAAAGUGCAGGAACUUAACAUGACACAGGGCUUCCCCAGCACAAACCACCUCAUCCUGAUAGACCCUUGCUGAAAACAACCAUCAGAGGCAAUCAGAUAUUAAGAAAAGUUUUGGCAUGAGAAAAGUUUCCACACAAGAAUUUGGAAAUCUGUGACACUGGACUUCUUGAAGACCUGUAGGUGACCAGAAGAGAACAGCUCCUGAGAGCUCAGCUUGAGAUCGCCUUAAGACUCUGCACAAGCAAGAAGUACAAGGCAUAGUGAAGUAGAAGCUGGCUGGGUGAAGGUUGAAGGAUAAUGCCAACACUAGUACAAGGCAUUCAUCAGUGAGCCUGAAAAAUCACUGACUCUGAAAGCCUUGGGAAUCUCUAUCAAAAGCUCUGAAAAGAUCAUUACAUGACUGACAGAACUUCAGAUCAUCUGACCAAGCAAAAAUGAGAAACCUCAAAUUACAAAGGCAAGGAAUGAGAGUGGGCAUUAGUACUACCCUUAAAGACAUCAAAAAGAUUCUUAUAGAAAUACUGAAAACAGUUGCCUACUGACAGACUGAAUGGGCAUAUAAAUUAACAUAUGUCUACAAAUAUAAAGUAUAAAUUUUGACUCAGUUUGCUAGUCAAACAAUCAAUGCAUGUCCACAGAUUUAUGAUAAGAAAUUAGAUUAAUAUGUUUUUAAAAUCUCUCACACACAUGAAAUUCAUGAAUCAGAUAACUUUAUACUUGAAUUCUACUAGAUGCUUAAAGAAAAGUUAACAUGGGAUCUUUAUAAACUCUUUCCAAAAAUAGGAAAUAGGGAAGACCCUCCAUUUCAUUCCAUGGAGCCAGCAUAAUUCUGAUGACUGCACAGACUACAUAAAUGAGAGACUACAUAAAAGGAGAGGACAGUUCAUUCCAAUGACUAUAGGAAUCUUGAACAAAAUAGAAUAAACUAAUAAUAUAUCUUUAAAUGAUAGCACAUCAUGACUAAUUAAAAUAAACCCCUGGAAUGUAAGGUUGACUCAUUUGUUAUACUAUGUCAUCACAUCAAAAUAAAAGACAGAAAUAAAUUUUAAAAAUCCCAUUAUUAUACCAGUUGAUAGAGAAAAAUAUGUAAUACAAAACUCAACCUUCCAUGAACAAAAUGUCCUAGAAGAACUGAGAGGAUCAAUGGUCAUAUACAGACAUCUAUGGCUCCUUGAAGCUAUGCUGAGACAUAAUCAUUCAUGUAACGAUGGCAUAAACAUCACGAAAAUAAGUAUCUGCUUUCUGAUUGGCUCUAAGUCCCACUUCAUAGGAUGAAACCCAUAUCUGGCAUAUCAAACUAAGAAUCUAUGGCUUAUAGAUAGGGGAGAACCCAAUCCUAUUGUGCUGCUAAAAUUACACAGCAUAAACUAAUUACUAAUGAUUUUAUCCUUAUACCCAUAGAUCAAUGCAGCUCUCAUCCCUCAUCUGAGAAGCUUCUAAUUACAGGAGACACAGUGACUCACAACUGGGCAAGGUGGAGGGAAUUAGAGACUCCAGAAUGUUUAGCCUUAAAGGUCACACACACACACACACACACACACACACACACACACACACACACACACAUGCACACACGCACACGCACGCGCACACACAGUCAACAUGGUAAGGACCCCUGUGAACAACACAGUCAACACCAGGCUCACCCAGGCAAACUUUCAAAGAUCAGAAACAAGACAAGAUUCCCUGUCAGUGCCCAUGCCAACACGGCACCGAGAACCAGGCAUAGGCCUACAAGGUUUAAGAAAAGACACAUACUCGGGUCAUUCGUGUUACGAGAAUGCCAAAGCUUUUACUGUGGUUCACCAAAUAUAUACUCCAAGUUCACUGAGUGGAGAAAUCCAGGAAGCACAGUGGAAAAACAGGCUUACGCCCUCAGGAACAAAGAAAGAGGAACAAAAAAGCAGGAACUGAUUUAACAGUGUUAUUGCACAGGUGUACCACCCAGGUGUACCACUCAGGGCAAACAGAAAGGUUAGGGCAUUCCUCUGUUAGGAACAAAAGGCUUCCUUCCACAUGCAUCAGCAAGGCUCAGCAGGGGUCAAACACUGAUGGGGCCCAAGAGGGUCUGGCAAGUCCUCCUUUUUUAAUUUUUAUUAAGUAGUGUCUGCCUUAGGACACUUUAGGGUGCCCACAACUUACCCAUCUCUGGGAAUUUCUGCCAGUCUCAGAGCCCCUGUUAGGUGGGCAUUGGUCCCAAAGAUUGUCCGUCUUUGGCUAACUACUUCUGAAGGAUGAGCCAGAUUUGGGCAGAGGGAUUGUCUUCUGCCAAGGAGAGGAACACCUACUUAGUCGCUGCCUGGGACUGGGAGUACUGUUUGUACAUGUGAUAAGAAGCAGAAGGCCAACUAUUGUAGCAUCCAAGGGCCAUAACACUAAGGACCAUAAGCUCUUCCUGUAAAAGCACUGACUGCUGAUUUAAAUUUAGAAUUCCCAAUUGUCAGCAACUUCUCCUGAAAGUUUAUCCACUGUGCUUGCCUUAAUAUCAGAUUGGGGGAAGGCAAUCCCAGACAUUGUAGCCACAGUGGCUGCAGCAACAAUGGCUGCUACAAUAAAUAGCAGCUAUGAUGCUAAAGUCUCUCUCAUGACAGUUCGGGAUCAGCUGACCCUCUCUGAAAUGAUGGGCAAUCAAUGGAACCAUGCCUGAGGUCUGCACAACCAGGGCAGAGUUCCCUGGUCCCCAGCAGCUUCACACAGAUGGCAUUCCUGCGAAGAAUAGUCAACACUAUCUCCACCAUUAGCACCAUUCAGGUAAAACAAAGAUCAUCAAUCCAUUGUUCCAAAUGUGUAAAUCUUCUUGAAUACUCAAAACAUUUAACAUUUUAGCUAAAUGAUCAGCAAAAGUAACUGUCUUAACUUCUUGGGUCAAAGCAAUAGUGCUAUUAAUUAAAUAGCUAUACCACUAUGCCAGAAAUAAUCAAACACACUAUCCUAUUGCUUCUGUUUAAAGACUGACUCACUUCUUCUAAUAUUUGUAAGCCUUUUUCAGAAUAUCAAGGUCCUAUAAUACUUACAAUGAAACAAAAGCUGGUAUAUGCCAGAUUUCAAUACAGUAACAAAAUUAGAAAGUGUACAAUCAAUAUACCUUACAUUAAAUAUUGUAGAAGAAACAAAAGACCAAAUAAUAAAAUAUCAGGAAUUUUAACACAUGUACUAACAUUUGUUCAAAAUCUAGAUCCUGCAUCAAUUUUAUCCACUGUAAACAUAACUUCAUAUAAACAAUUGUGAAUUUUUAAAUGUCUCUGAAAAUGUCUAAAACCAAUCUUCCAAAUGAAAACUGUUAUUUCCAAUAUUGGAUUGACCAGUCUAUGAUUGAGUCAGAAUAACUUGUCACAUUAAAAGAAAGAGAAGAGUCAUGACUUCUCUUUGAUUUUCUGAAGGCAUUUUCUACAGUCUCCAUGUUCUCUGUCCCACAAGAUCUAAAAACUUAAAGCAAGGCAACUUGUUCAAUCUUGGAUGUAGGCAAGCAAAGAUGGGUCAGGAACAUACAUCCAAAACAGCUUUCCAGUCACCAUUGUCAGGGCACUCAGCAAGCUCACAGGUCAACAUCAUUCUUUGUCCCAGCAUCAACAUGUCUUACCAGGCACUUUGGCAGCUAGCAUUCUUCUGCUACAUCCUACAGAAAAACACAAACAUGCCCUCUUCCCCAUAAAAAAUACCCAAACAGGUUCAGGCCAUAUGCCAAUAUGUGGAUCCUUCCAUUUCACCUAGGCAGAAGUAUGCCUAGUUGUAGGGUACCAUAAACACUCAAGAGUUCCUUGGCAUCCAAACUUUAAAAUUUAAAAUAAAAAGAGUAUUAUUUAAAUAAUCGUAUGGCAUACAGGGAUAUAAUCCCCCCUUUUUUAUUUAUUAAGAUAUUGUUCUAAAGUUUUGAUAUGUGUUUUAUAAUAUCUAGUUUUUGAGAAUUAUAAGGAAUCUCAAUAAUAUAGGUAACAUCUAUUUGUUAUAACUUAUAAGGUAUGAGUCCUGGAGGAUUAACACAAUUACGUGAUAGACGAAGAAAUUGAGGACACUGAGGACUUGUAUUUACAAUUUGACUUGUAUACCAAAUUAUUGUCUCUAGCUAUUACUGUUUUGAUGAUGUAAAGAAUGAGAUUGUUUGGCUAAUUGUCCCUAUGUAAGGCCUAUAAUCUUCCUGGUAUAUAAAUCUAUUGUGGCAUUGCCCUCGGUAAGGGGUCCAGGCAAUCCAGUCUGAGUUCUUGAAUGGUCUAUAAAGAAACAGUACAUUCUCUUAAAUCGGUCGUAUUAGCAUAAAUAAUUGUAAAUUUUGAGGGUUAGCAGUAUCUAAAAGAGUAAAAAUUUUAGUCAAUUGCAAACCACAAGCUGCACAUUGGCUAUCAGUAUACAAAUUGAAAGUUUGAUUUUAGCAUUUUAAAAACAGUGGCUACAGCAUGUAAUUCAAUAAUCUGUGCUGAAGCAGAAGCAGGGGGAACUCAAGAGAACAAACAUGUGAUCCAAUUAUAAGUGUUACCUUCUCAUUCGAUGAACCAUCUCUAAAUAUAGUAAGCACAUUUUCUAUGGGCUGCAUGCACAAAUUUACAGGAAAUACAAAAGCAUGCAUAGAGGAAAACAAUUUUGCCUGAAAGUUUGUAUAUGUAAUAGGCCAAAUAUCAGUAUUCUGUAAUAAUCACUUUAAUUGUUCUUUGGAAUAAGGAAUGUUUCAUCAGGUUCAUUUUCAAAAUACUUCCAUGACUCUAUCUUACAAUUCUGUAUUAACAGAAUAACAGCUUUAUCUCCCUUGAGGACAUCAAACAAAGGCUUAAGUCCUCCAGCGGUAAGAUUAAGGUGAGGUCUUAGCCAAUUACCAUACCUUUAGAAGCUUUUAAAAAUAAUUUAAAGUGAAUGAUCUUGAAUUUUCUGUGCCACAAUUUGUUUGGGAUAUAACCGAUGUCUCAAAUAUUGAAAAGGAAUAUUGAAUCUUUUCUGGAGCAAGAGCUACUCCUCAAAAUUUAAAGCACAUUGUAAGAGCAAAGACUUGUAGUAAUAUUAAAAUGUCUAUAUAAUGAAUAAUACACACUGAAAGAUUCAAAGUCCUAGCUUCUUGUAUUGAAGCAGUGACAAAAUUUUUAUGUGAUGUAGGGUCAUAAGUGAUUCCUUGAGGCAAAACUUUCCAAUGAUAUCACUUCAUGGGCUCUCCAAAAUUAUAAGCAAGCUCACUAAAUGAAAAUCUUCCACAAUCACCAGGAUACAAAGAAACAGCAUAAAAAAUCCUCUAAAUGUAUAAUAAUUUUAUACAUAUUUCUUGAAAUGGCAGUUGGAGUAAGUAAACAGGCUGUAAUGCUCUCACAAGUUCCUUAGGCUCAUCAACCAUUCGUAAAUUCUAUAACAAUCUCUACCUGUUCGAUUUUUUCUUAAUUAUAAAUAUGUGUGAAUUAGAAUCCUGAACCUGUGAUCAAACUGCAAACUGUAGCCAAUGUAAUACUGGUAAAUUUAACCACUAUCUUUAAGUUUUUCUUGUAACACCAGAGCACAGUCACAACUUUGGAAAGCAAAACUCAACCUCCAACAAACAAUUUAGUCUCCAAAGUCCAGUCUCUCCAAACCAACACCAAGUGUAUCAUUUCCAUACUACAAAGUUUGGCUGCCAAUUCCUGCACAGGAACGUGUGAUAGUGCAGGCUUUGAUACCUCAACAAAGAGACAUUGCCCUAAAUUCUUUUAUAAGUCUGGAUUCUAGGAUAAAAAUUUCUUAAAAAUAUUAUCCCGAUUUAGACCUGUUUCCCUGGGUUGGCUCAUGCCACGUGUUGUCUAGAAUGACUGUAUCCAAAUUACCAGUUUUAAGCCAACUUUCUGUUACCAAUGUUACAACCUUUUAACCAUACCGAAUAAUCUAUAGAGCAUACUUAUACAUUUAAAACCAAUGAGAAACAAAAAAUGAAGUGGCUACACAUAUCUUUAAUAUUUAGACCAAACACCAUUUUUACCUUUUCUAGCUGUAAUUUUAAGAGAAGCACCUUGUCACCUGCAACAUCCAAUAAUCAUAGCCAGGGAUUUUUCUAAGAGACUCCUAGCUACAGGUGCAGGGCCCCGAAGGCCAAUUGAAACUGCUUUUUAUUUGUUCCUUUUUAGAAACAAGUUAAAACCAAAUCAAGGGGUGAAUGAUGGGCAGAUAAAGUUUUAACCAUUUUUUCUUUUAAACAUGAAACACAGAACAACAUUCAGGCGAUGAAACAAAAAACAUACAAUGGCAGCUUGGUGCACCAAGGACAGACAAUAGACAUAGACGGGAAAGAACUAGAUGGUGUCCCACCGAAGGGACCCAGAUAUCCUACCUAAGGAACCCAGAACCAGAAAUAAGCAUUUCUCCAAUAGGAGACAGCAAGGAGGCAGGAUGUCUUCUGCCUUCCUUCUGUCCCUAGGAGAACUCUGAAAAAGCUUAAGCUCAUUUUCCUUCUCUUUCUCCAAAGCAUCCACGGAGAGUCCGGGAGGACUGUUUUUCUCAAACCCACUCUCUCUCAUGUCUAGGGUAUAAACUAUCUCUAGUUUGGGUCCAAAGACUAAAAGCAUCUAUGAGAAUUGACUUUGCUUCUCUAGAUUUUAAUAUAACUCUAAAAGAACACGUACACAAAAACACUUUACCAUUACCUUGUCCCUUUUUCACAAGGUUUACUCCCCACUAUCCCAGAUCUUUAUUUUAAUUUGCACAUGCUUUCAAUUCCCAUGGUGUCCUUCACUGUCUCCCACUUACUGAGGCUACAAAUUCGUGGUGUCAUUUUACUCAAUUUGUUCCUUCUCUCUGCCGGCUGGCUCCUGGGACGACCUUGUCAGAAAAAUUCUUCACUUUCCCGAUCUCCGUGGGACCUCCAUUUGUAGGUCCCUACGCUGACACAGUACCGAGAACCAGAUCUAGACACAUACUCAGGGGGGGCAUCACUGCGGAGGAGGCUCAGACAAGAGAAGACUGGUGAGCAUAAUAGUUCUGGGAGCAGAACACUGCGGGGGCGCCGCCCAGGGCCCUGUGGGCAAGAGGCUACAGCAGGAGCUGAUGACCCUCCGAUGUCUGGUGACAAAGGAUUCCCUGAAUCAGGCAACCUGUUCAAAUGGGUAGGAACCACCCACGGAGCGGCUGGCACUGUAUAUGAAGACCUGAGGUAUAAACUCUCCCUAGAGUUCCCCAGUGGCUACCCUUACAACGCACCCACAGUGAAGUUCCUCACACCGUGCUACCACCCCAAAGUGGACACCCAGGGCAACAUCUGCAUGGACAUCCUCAAGGAUAAGUGGUCUGCACUGUAUGAUGUCAGGACCAUCUUGCUCUCCAUCCAGAGCCUGCUAGGAGAACCCAACAUCGAGAGCCCUUUGAACACACAUGGUGCAGAGCUCUGGAAAAACCCCACGGCAUUUAAGAAGUACCUGCAAGAAACCUAUUCAAAGCAGGUCUCCAACCAAGAGCCCUGGCGCCAGCUCUCCAGCUGUCUCUUGUGUCGUCUCUUUUCUUAGAUCGUCUCUUUUCUUAGAUCGUCUGUCCUUUCUCCGUGGUUUCUGAGCUGUGCUGUUGUUUUUGUUUUAUUUGUUUUUUUUUUUAAAUUAAGUCUGCUUGAACCCUUACAAUGUAUAUUAAAUAAACGCACGUUGGUUGUUUUUGUAUUAAAAAAAAAAAACUAGAGAUCUCGCAUGACGUAAGACACGCAAAUAAUGAAAAUAGUUUUGAAAAGCUAAUAACCUUUGUAUUCUAAUCAUCCUUAUAUCUGCAUGUUUAUUAAAUUUCAAGUUUUGCAAUCUUCCUACAAUAUAAUCUAACAUGACAUUUUUAUUCAUUUCCAUUUGGAACAAUCUUUAUCUUACUAAUCAAAGUCCGUGUUCAUCUAAAAGCAUUUUUCGUUUCUUUAAUCUUCUUUUACCAAAAAUGUCUCAUGCUCACAGCCUUUCUAUCUCAUUUUGUUAAACUUGAUGGACUUUUUUAUAUUUUAUUGUUAUUAUUGUUAUUAUAUAGUUUAGAAAAUCUUUUGAUAAUUUCAGUGAAGAUUCAGAG